AACAAAUACAUUUCUAUUUUAUGACUUCAAGGAAAGAAAUUGCGCGGCACUGAACUCAAUAUCCCGGAAAACGUAAGUCUUCUACCGCCGGAAACAAUUGCGUCGCAGCAGAUAUCCACUCCGCACCGCAAUUCUCCGACUCUGCAUAAGAGUGGCGCCAUUGGCAACAAAUGAAUACUAGGAAGCAGAAAAGAGAAACAGAAUCAGGAUGUGCACCAAAGUUAGUUUAUUCUCGUCUAAGAAACAAAACCAAGACUGUAAGAGAUGUGAUAGAAAUUGACCCUGAAGUGGAUUCUAGGAAUCAGAAAAAAGAAACAGAAUCAGGAUGUGCACCAAAGUUAGUUUAUUCUCGUCUAAGAAACAAAACCAAGACUGUAAGAGAUGUGAUACAAAUUGACCCUGAAGUGGAUUCUAGGAAUCAGAAAAGAGAAACAGAAUCAGGAUGUGCACCAAAGUUAGUUUAUUCUCGUCGAAGAAACAAAACCAAGACUGUAAGAGAUGUGAUAGAAAUUGACCCUGAAGUCGAUUUUGCAAAUCAGGAAAGAGAAAUUAACUCAAGACAUGGAACUGAGAUUGCUUAUGCUCAUCACAGAAACAAAACCGAGAAUGUAAAAGAUGCGAUAGGAUGUGUUAGUUCGAAUUUUCCAUUCGAUUCAAACAUUAUUCCUCGGCGACCGCGAACAAAAAGCAAGAGAAAAUUCAAUGGCAAUGAAGCUCCCUCUAGACCCAAGGAAAAGCUAAACAGUGAAGUCUUUGAUAAUUACUUAGCGAAAAUAUGGAAGAGUUUUUCAGAAGAUAGGAAAAGGUCGUUUGCAUACUUGGACAGCUUAUGGUUUAGCCUUUACAGGAAUGCUUCAUCUAAGGAUAAGGUGCUGAAUUGGAUUAAGAAGAAAGAACAUAUUUUCACAAAGGCCUAUGUUUUUGUUCCUAUAGUCUGCUGGGGUCACUGGAGCCUUUUGAUCUUGUGCCAUUUUGGUGAGGACUUGCAAUUAGUCACUGGAUCACGUUGUAUGUUGUUGCUGGAUUCUCUUGAAAUGGCCGAUCCAAGGCGGCUUGAACCAGAGAUAAGAAGAUUUGUACAGGACAUUUAUAAAGCAGGGGACAGGCCAGAGACUAAGCAUCUUAUAUCUAAAAUUCCGUUAUUAGUACCCAAGGUGCCUCAACAAAAAGAUGGUACGGAUUGUGGGAACUUUGUCCUCUAUUUCAUUAAAUUGUUUUUGGAACUUGCGCCCAAGAAUUUUAGCAUUGAGGGGUACCCUUACUUCAUGAAAAAAGAUUGGUUUACCUUUGAAGACUUGGAUAGGUUUUGUGAGAACUUGAUUCAUUGAAUUGGAUGUCCCCAAAUUUGAUUAGACUGGGGAUUUGUUCAUGUGUGAAAUACUUCAUACAUGGCAAGGAGGGGAUUUGUUCAUAUAGUAGGCAGACAUAUCAAGUAGGAAUUUAGUCACAUACUUCGCAAUGAAGUUUGAAAUAAACAUAAGAAAAUGUCAUGUGGCAAACAAGUUCCCUUGGAUAUCACUAACGUAUUGCUGAGCAUAUACAGUUCCACUACGCCACAUAUUGGUAAUAUCAUAUAAUUGACAAGUAUGAAAGAAGAGAGUAGCGAUGUACAGUGAAGUUGGUGAUUGCAUCAUCACUACAUGCACAAUUGAAAACAAUCCACAGUUGCUUCCACGAUUCACUAAUCAACAUUAUGUUAAUGAACCAAAAGUCAAUAGUUUCUGGUCUAAAAUCAAGCCUAACAAGUUCAAGAUCUCUCCAAUCAAUUUAGUUUUAGUGAAGAUGAGACAUGAUGGUCCUAGAAAAUCUUGAUGGAGAAAGAAGAAUAGGUAAACUGGGUUAAUGGAAGAGGAGAAGCUGAAUGUGUUGGCUGCAUUUUGCUGGAAAUAGAUUGAAGAAAGUCGAGUCACGUGAAGUCAUUUAACUAACCUUUUAAUCUAAGGAUUGUAUCUUAAUCUACUUAUUUUUUUAAAAUAAAUUAAAAACAAGUUAAACACACUUAAAGAUAAUCAAA